GCGGGUUCGAAACUCAAUUGCAGCCUUGCGCAUGGACACCGGCAGAGCGUUAGAAUGACGGGCUGACGCACGGGGCAGCGCCRGCCGUGUGGAAUUAACGYUCAAGUGACAACAGCGGCGUGAAUCCUCGGGAGAGACAUGGAUUCUAAGGAUGACUUACAACGUGGUGCGGCGGUUUGGCUGGAGCUCUUGGAGGUAGGCGGUCAGCUUCUGCGGGCGCUUGUCGGGAGGAUGUCUAUGCAGCUGCAGAAGGGGUCUGAGGUUGACGGGGGGGCAAUCUCGUUGACCGCUUGGUUGGCAGACAUCAAUCAAGACAUGCUGGACAUCAUCUGGGAGCUGGAGGCGGGGCCGGAUCCCCAGCUCGAUGCCCUCAUUGAUUGGGGGCGGGCGGAUGCUCUGAUGGAUGUCUGUAACUCCCUUUUCGCCCAGGGAUCUCAUUUACGUGACCAACUCGAGGCUCGCGCCAUGGGAGUGGGUGGAGGUUUUGUUCCCACCAUCAAUCCUCCCGAUGAGGGAUCUACCAGUGAUGAAGGCACUGCCACUGCUACGGCCUUUCCCGCCAUCCUUCCUCACAAUACCACAAUCAAUUCAACAUCAACCAUACUACUGGACGGGGGUGACAACAACAUCCGCUAUUCUGUUAACCAAGAUGAUGAUGACGACUGCGGCUAUCACGGUGACGACGACGAUGGCAUUUCAGCCCAAGCGCGCCGCGGCAGGGGAAGACUGCAACACGGAUUUGUCAUCUCCUCCCCCCCCUCCGAUUGCGAUGCUGCUCAUCUCAUUUUUUGCAACGACAGCAACAAUACUGUUCUUACUGACACUGCCAAUACCAAUACCAACAACAAUAACAACAAUUGCAUCAACAACAACCCCAAUCACCACGCGGACGUUGGUGAUGCUCAAGGGAACAGCGGGUUGCGCURUAGCAUCGGGGUGGCUGUGCUUCUCAUCGUUGCGAGGGAURCAGUUUUUUUUCUCGCCACCCUUCAUAUGGGUUUCUUCUGUAUGGUUUGGAGGCGGAUCGGGGUGGGCUAGAUGGAUUGCUAUUGCCUGGCCUGCAAUACUGCUCACUAGGUGAGGGGGUUUCGUUUGCUACGAUUGCUGCCUCGCUUGGUCCAACCUCUCGGUUAGGGUUUCGUUUGCUUUGAUUACUGCGCUGUUUGGUGUAAUGUCUUUCUUURAUUGAUGCGGCCUGGCCAGGAGGUCAAUCCUUCSCAUGAGUUGGGAAGUAAUCAAUGCCUCCGUUUCCC